AGCUGCUAGCCUUAAGCUCAGUGCCCAGGGUCCUUCUAAGUAGGACCAGCUGAGAUCUUGCUACCCAGGAUAGGAAGUGAUUGUGUUGGCAAAAGGCAAGCAGGUGUGGACCCUAGGACAAAGGGUGAGUGUGUGUCAUAGCGGUCUGGUGUGGCCUUUGUGACCCAGGCAGGGGAGAUGAGGCCCUGAGCAUGCUGGGACUUGUCAGGAACUUUAAGUGAGAGGAGUUUGGAGUGGAACCCAGACCUGCUCUGCUUUCCAUGGCCAAGGGCCUGGGCCCGGGGCCUGGAACUGAGGGACUUGCAGCCAGGCCCUAGGGCCCCAGCAGCUGGGCAAUCUGUGCCCCAAGGGGAUGAGGCUGGGAGGCAGGAGACCUCCCUCCUUCAUCUGCCUGUGCCUGCCCCCCCAGGACACUGCUCACCCUGCUGGACAGGAAGCAGCCUCUGUUGGCUCAGGGGCUGUAGAGAGCUGGUGUGUCCCUGGGGUGGAGAGGUCACUUCUGCACCUUCUGGGCCAUGAACCCAGCCCCCACCUAGUUCCUCCUACUGACAGGAAGUAUCUCCAGAGCUCUGGCCUCAGCAAGCAGGACUCCUGAGCGCCCUGGCGCCCAUGGGGCUGGACUGUGGGUGGCCUCCACGUCCCCAGCUUCGUGCUCAGGCUGCAAUGAAGAGCCCUUCAGAGUAGCUGCUGCCUCUUGGAGGACCUGGGCAGCUCAGCCAGCGUGGACAGAGCCCUGUAGGCUGGGCCCCUGUGGAAGGGGCCAUGGCGGAGGCAGGUGACACUGUGCUGUCAGUGGCCGAGUGGCUGCGGGCGCUGCACCUGGAGCAGUACACGGGGCUUUUUGAGCAGUAUGGACUGGUGCGGGCCUCCGAUUGCCACGGCCUCAGUGAUGCCCGCUUGCUAGACAUGGGCAUGCUGCUCCCGGGCCACCGUCGCCGCAUCCUGUCUGGCCUGCUCCGGGCCCACACACCCCCUGCCCCUCUCCCCUCCCCUGCUCCCCGGCCUGUGCCCAUGAAACGCCACAUCUUCCGUUCAUCUGCACCUGUACCUGCUGCUCCACCUGAACCGCUGCCUAUGGCUGGAGAGGACGAGGGCCAGCCAGCCGCACCCCCCAUCCCACCCCGAAGGAGCUGCCAGCCACCUGCCUGCUUUACCACCUGCCACCCACCUGCCACUGCCCCUGCAGCCGCUCCCUUGGAACCUGCGCCGCCCCCACUGCCCGCCAAGCGGCAUUCAGUGGAGUCCAACGUUCCACCCGUGCCCCCACGCACAGCACCGCCCCGCCUGCUGGUAAGCCUGCCCUCCAAGGAGGAGGGGUCAUUUCCGCCACCACUGUCACCUGCUCCCCAGCCAGAGCCUGUGGAACACCCACCCAUCCUCUCCUGUGUGCCUUCCAAGCCCUCAUCUCCACCUCCUCCUCGCCCUCCAGAGAAACCCCCGAAGCCAGCCCGCCUGCCCCCAGAGUUUGAUGACUCUGACUACGAUGAGGUCCUGGAGGAGGGGCCUGGGGCCCCAGCCAGCGUGAUGACCAAGAAGGAGGAGCCCCCAGCAAUCCGAGUCCCGAGGGCCGUGCGCGUGGCCAGUCUGCUGAGCGAGGGGGAGGAGCUGUCCGGGGAAGAGCCAGGGGAGGAGGAGGAGGACCACGCCUACGAAGGCGUCCCCAAUGGCGGAUGGCGUGCCAGCAGCCUGAGCUCAUCACUGCCUGGCUUCCUCCUCGAGCUCCCAACACCUGCCAUGGACGGGCUAGCCGGGGGCUCCACCCCUGUCACACGACUCAUCAAAGCUGGCUGGCUGGACAAGAACCCACCACAGGGGUCUUACAUUUAUCAGAAGCGGUGGGUGAGACUGGAUGCUGAUUACCUGCGCUACUUUGACAGUAACAAGGAUGCUUACUCCAAGCGCUUCGUCUCAGUGGCCUGCAUCUCCCGUGUAGCUGCCAUCAGCGACCAGAAGUUUGAAGUGAUCACUCACAACCGAACCUUUACCUUCCGGGCUGAGAGUGAUGCGGAGUGCAAGGAGUGGCUGCAGGCUCUGCAGCAGGCAGUGGCCGAGCAUCGAACCCAGGCUCGGCUGUCGGGUACUUACCCAUCAGGGGUUCGAGGCUUGGAACAGCCCGACCAUGCCGGCAGCCUGGAGCUGCGGGGCUUCAAGAACAAGCUAUAUGUGGUCGUGGUUGGGGACAAAGUGCAGCUCUACAAGAACCUAGAGGAGUACCACCUGGGCAUUGGCAUCACGUUCAUUGACAUGAGCGUGGGCAAUGUGAAGGAAGCCGACCGGCGCAGCUUUGACCUCACCACGCCCUACCACAUCUUCAGCUUCUCAGCUGACUCGGAGCCAGAGAAGGAACAGUGGCUGGAGGCCAUGCAGGGAGCCAUUGCCGAGGCCCUAUCGACCUCGGAGGUGGCCGAGCGCGUCUGGGCUGCAGCCCCCAACAGGUUCUGUGCCGACUGUGGAGCCGCGCAGCCUGAUUGGGCCUCCAUCAACCUCUGUGUGACCAUCUGCAAACGCUGUGCAGGGGAGCACCGUGGCCUGGGCGCUGGCGUGUCCAAGGUGAGAAGCCUGAAGAUGGACAGGAAGGUGUGGACAGAGUCGCUCAUCGAGCUCUUCUUACAGCUGGGCAAUGGUGCCGGGAACCGCUUCUGGGCAGCCAAUGUGCCCCCCAGCGAGGCCCUGCAGCCCAACAGCAGCCCUGGUGCCCGACGGUGCCACCUGGAGGCCAAGUACCGGGAGGGCAAGUACCGCCGCUACCACCCGCUCUUUGGUAACCAGGAGGAGUUGGACAAGGCCCUGUGUGCUGCAGUCACCACCACAGACCUGGCCGAGACCCAGGCCCUCCUGGGCUGUGGGGCCGAGGUCAACUGCUUCUCGGGAGACCCUGAGGCCCCGACGCCCCUCGCUCUCGCUGAACAGGCAGGGCAGAUGCUGCAGAUGGAAUUCCUCCGCAACAAUCAGACCACGGGGGUGCCUCGGCCGGAUUCGAUGCAGCCCCUGGAGAAGCACUACUCGGUUGUGCUGCCUACUGUGAGCCACAGCGGCUUCCUCUAUAAGACUGCCUCGGCUGCCAAGCUGCUACAGGACCGCCGUGCCCGGGAAGAGUUCAGCCGACGCUGGUGUGUCCUUAGCGAUGGGGUCCUGAGCUACUAUGAAACAGAGCGGGCAGUGACCCCCAACGGGGAGAUCCGAGCCAGCGAGAUUGUGUGCCUGGCAGUGCUCCCUCCCGACACCCAUGGCUUGGAACACACCUUUGAGGUGUACACCGAGGGUGAACGGCUCUACCUGUUUGGGCUGGAGAGUGCGGAGCUGGCUCACGAGUGGGUCACAUGCAUCGCCAAGGCCGUCGUGCCUCCCCAGGCAGAGGACCUGCUGGCCCGGGGUUUUGAGCGGCUUGGACGCCUACCCUACAAAGCUGGCCUGAGCCUGCAGCGGGCCCAAGAGGGCUGGUUCUCCCUUGCCGGUUCGGAGCUCCAUGUCGUCUUCCCCGAGGGGCCCUGUGAGGAGCCGUUACAACUGCGGAAGCUGCAGGAGCUCUCUGUCCAGGGGGACAACGAGAACCAGGUGCUGGUGCUGGUGGAGCGAAGGAGGACAUUGUACAUCCAGGGGGAGCGGCGGCUGGAUUUCGUGGGCUGGCUGGCAGCCAUCCAGAAAGCAGCAGCAAGCUUGGGUGACACCCUGUCGGAGCAGCAGCUGGGGGACUCGGACAUCCCUGUGAUCGUGUACCGUUGUGUGGACUAUAUCACACAGUGUGGCCUGACCUCUGAGGGCAUCUACCGCAAGUGUGGGCAGACAUCCAAGACGCAGCGGCUGCUGGAGAGCCUGCGGCAGGACGCACGCUCUGUGCGUCUCAAGGAGGGUGAGCAGCACGUGGAUGACGUCUCUUCUGCCCUCAAGCGUUUCCUGCGUGACCUGCCCGAUGGGCUUUUCACUCGUGCCCAGCGCCUGUCCUGGCUGGAAGCCUCAGAGAUUGAGGAUGAGGAGGAGAAGGUUUCCAAGUACCGGGAGCUCCUGGCACGUUUGCCUCCUGUCAACCGGGCCACAGUGAAGGCACUCAUUAGCCACCUGUACUGUGUCCAGUGCUUCUCAGACACCAACCAGAUGAACACACACAACCUGGCCAUCGUGUUUGGGCCCACGCUGUUCCAAACAGAUGGGCAGGACUACAAGGCUGGCCGUGUGGUGGAAGACCUCAUCAACCACUAUGUGGUGGUGUUCAGUGUGGACAAGGAGGAGCUGAGGAAGCAGCGGGAGGAGGUCACUGCCAUUGUGAAGAUGCGAGUAGCCGGCACUGCCAGUGGGACCCAGCAUGCCGGUGACUUCAUCUGCACUGUGUACCUGGAGGAGAAGAAGGCAGAGGCCGAGCAGCAUGUCAAGAUCCCAGCCUCCAUGACUGCCGAGGAGCUCACCCUGGAGAUCCUGGACCGCCGGAAUGUGGGCGUCAGGGAGAAGGACUACUGGACUUGCUUUGAGGUCAACGAAAGGGAAGAGGCAGAGCGUCCCCUGCACUUUUCUGAGAAGGUGUUACCUAUUCUGCAUGGGCUGGGCAUGGACAGCCACCUGGUGGUGAAGAAACACCAGUCCAUGGAGGCCAUGCUGCUAUACCUGGCCAGCCGCGUAGGUGACACCAAGCAUGGCAUGAUGAAGUUCCGCGAGGACCGCAGCCUCCUGGGCCUGGGCCUGCCCUCAUACGGCUUCCAUGACCGCUACUUCAUUCUCAACAGCAGUUGCCUACGGCUCUACAAGGAAGUCCGGAGCCAGAGGCCGUGGAACGGGGCCCCUGAGACCAGUCACCGGCCUGAGAAGGAGUGGCCCGUGAAGAGCCUUAAGGUCUACCUGGGAGUGAAAAAGAAACUCCGGCCUCCGACCUGCUGGGGCUUCACGGUGGUCCACGAGACAGAGCGACACGAGAAGCAGCAGUGGUACCUGUGCUGCGACACACAGAUGGAGCUCCGGGAGUGGUUUGCUGCCUUUCUCUUCGUGCAGCACGAUGGCCUGGUAUGGCCCUUGGAGCCCUCACGUGUGUCCCGGGCUGUGCCUGAGGUCCGGCUGGGCAGUGUCUCGCUCAUCCCGCUGCGUGGCAGUGAGAAUGAGAUGCGCCGGAGCGUGGCUGCCUUCGCCGCAGACCCCGUUGCCCUCCUUCGCAACGUCUGAACACAGAAACCACCCUGGCUUGGGGAUGCUGCUGCCUGGAAGCCUCCCUGCUCAGACUCCUGGGGGUUCUCACUGGCCUGGCGUGAGCCCUACAUCCCACUUCCUGUCUGCACCAGGGGUAGGGGAACACUCCCGGCUCUGUGGCAGGUGUUCGGUGCUCCUGGCCCAACCUGCUCCCCAUUCACAAUCACCCCCUGCCCUUGAGCUUGUGGGACUGGAGAGCUGGCAAAAAAUUAGAGCCUUUGGGGUGUGCUGGCCAUUAGAGGCUCGAGACUGUGGGGCCCCGCUGGGAGGGAGCCCUCCCCGAGCUGCAGGACAUGGGUGCUCUGAAGGGGACCCUCAGACUGGGGGUGGGGGGCAGCUCUUGGGGAGCUGUCUCCUGGGCCAGGAGCUGAACUUUGGGGAUAUCAGUACCCCCACACCCCCCACUUGGGAUGAGUACCUGUUGCUCCUUCCCCACUUGGGGGGCUUUUUGAUAAUAUAAAUAUAAA